AUGACUAAAUAUUUGUACAGUGAGAAACAUAUAGAGAGACCUUUUCUUGUCACUUAUGUGAGGAGUUCGUUACUGUUUAUUUAUCUUUUAAUACUGUGUUUCACACCUCCAACGAGGGAUCCCUGCCAGCCUGCUGAUUAUACACAAUUAUUAGAACCUAUAGCUGAAACUGAUGACGAAAAUUAUUUCAAUGAAUCAAAUAGUAGUUUGGGUGACUCCACCUUUGUCCCUGUCAGAGCUGGGGAGACAACAGACAGUGAUGAUGCAGCACCUAGAGCUGUCCGGUUUAAUAAAGUAGCAGAGGUCCGCGUCAUGUCAGCAGCAAUGGCCAGUGAGGCUCUGCUCGCGAGGUUGUCAUGGGCCGCUUCUGUACGGGCAACUGAACAUGCUCAACGUCGUGCUGCUGCUGCCGCUACCAGACGCCACCUCAGACUCGCACUUCUUUUCUGUAUACCUUGGUUCAUAUCAAACUACCUAUACCGGUUAAGCAUAUUACACACGAGUACUGGCUCAGCGACUAUGUAUACGUCAACGGCGGGCGCAUUUGCGUUGUCACUCGGCGCUAUAUUUGCUCAAGUUCCCAACGAUCGAUUCACGCUGUCCAAAUGUAUUGCUGUACUACUUACAGCUGCUGGACUUGUAGUAUUGGGCAUAUCAGAAAGCCAUCAAACAAACUGGAUAGCAGUGUUGGCCGCACUAGGCUCAGCGCUGUGUUAUGCAAUACAUUUACUUAUAUAUAGACAAGCUUUAAGAAACGGGGAUGAUAUUAACUCCUCUUUACUCGUUGGACUGGUGGGGUGCGCGUGCGGGUGCCUGGCGUGGGUGGUGGGCGGGCUGCUGGCGGCGGGCGGCGUCGAGCGCGCCGACCUGCCGCCGCCGCGCCAGUGGACCUGGCUGCUGCUGGACGCCGCGCUCGGCCCGCUACUGCUCGAGUCGCUCUGGCUCUGGGGCAGAUCGUUGACGUCGCCGCAGGCGGCUACGGGGAUCCUGGGACUGGCGGUGCCGCUGUCGCUGUGCGUGGAGGAGUGGCGCGGGGGUGGGGCGGGGGGCGCGGGCGGCGCGUGGCGGGGGCUGGCCGCGGCGCUGGCCGGCGCGGGCUGGGCCGCCGCCGCCGCGCACCUCACGCCGGACUUCUCGCUCUUCACCUGCCUCACCGACAGGCUCAGGGCCGCCGAGGGGUUCGCAGUAAUACGAAAUCUUCCUGACCUCGACGAGCAAUCGGAAGCGUUGAUGUCGUCGGACGAGCCGACGUAG